GGGGCGGGCGCGGUGCCGCCGGCCGGCCCCCUGAGGAGGCGCGGCGGGGCCGAGCCGGCCCGGCAGGAGAGGCUGGGUGCCUCUCCCGGCGGGAGCGGGCUCUGGCUCUCCUCCCGGCUCCCGGGCGCCCCGGGGGCGCGGCCAUGUCCGGAGCCAUGAAGUUCAGCGGGUACCUGAAGGUGCGCAUCGGGGAGGCGGUGGGGCUGCAGCCCACCCGCUGGUCCCUCCGCCACUCGCUYUUCCGCAAGGGCUACCAGCUCCUGGAUCCCUAUGUCACCGUCAGCGUGGACCAGGUGCGCGUGGGGCAGACCAGCACCAAGCAGAAGACCAACAAGCCCACCUACAACGAGGAGUUCUCGGCCACGGUCACCGACGGCCAUCAGAUCGAGCUCUCCGUCUUCCACGACACCCCCAUCGGCUACGAUGACUUCGUGGCCAACUGCACCUUGCACUUCCAGGACCUGCUGCGCUCCGCCGCCCCCAGCGACACCUUCGAGGGCUGGGUGGAUUUGGAGCCAGAAGGCAAAGUGUUUGUUGUCAUAACUCUUACAGGAAGCUUCACAGAAGCAGCAAGGAAUCAUAAAAUCAUGGGCUUGGCUUGGAGGGGACCUUGAGAAUCAU